UUGCAUGAUUCUAUUAUUUAUUUAUUUAUCUGAGGUAAAAACGCCUUUCCAUGUCCUGUGGGUUUAUGCCAAAAUUGACAGCCAUCAUUUACACAAAAUUCAAUCCGAUCUCGAUCGCAUGUGAAAUGUCCAAAAGAUCGAGUACCAAAAGAUGGGACCGCUAUUCACCGAAGGUUUCUAAAAUGUCUGGAUAUCACAUGGGCAAAGUAAUCGGGAAAGGCACCUACAGCAAAGUUUGUCUCGCCAUCAACCCAGUCACACAAAAGAAAGUUGCUUGCAAGAUAAUCAACAAGAAGUCAUCCGGAGAUGAGUAUAUCCAGAAGUUUCUGCCCAGAGAGUUGAAGAUUAUAUCGUUUAUUGAUCAUCCGAAUAUUGUUAGUUUUUACAAAGUCGUACAGUCGCCGCAUAAUGUUUACGUGUUUAUGGAUUAUUGCAAAUAUGGCGAUUUACUUGAGUACAUCAGAGAACACGGUGCUUUUACAGAAGAAAAAACUAGAAUAUUAUUCAAGCAAGUUUUAGAAGCCGUCCAUUAUCUUCACUGCUUGGACGUGGCACAUAGAGACAUCAAAUGUGAAAACAUCUUUCUAGUAUCCACCAAUAGAGUAAAACUAGGCGAUUUUGGUUUCGCUAGGUACUGCAUCAACGAAUUCGGUAAAAAAAUCCUUUCCAAUACAUUUUGCGGAUCAGCUGCGUACGCGGCUCCGGAAAUCCUUCAAGGAAAGUACUAUGAUCCCAAGAAGUACGAUAUAUGGGCUUUGGGUUGCAUAUUGUAUGUUAUGGUAACGGCGUCCAUGCCUUUCGACGAUACCGAUAUCAGACAGAUGGUUAAAGAUCAGAUGAAUAGGAACAUUAAGAAUUUCGAUUACUUUUGGGAAUGGUGCUCUGCUAAUAUGAAGCGGUUGAUAAUUUUGCUUUUAGAACCAAAUAUGAGUUUGAGGAUUAAUACGUUGCAAAUUAGUAAUCAUCCUUGGAUUAAAUCAAAUGAGUAUAGACGGUCAAGAAGAUCGCUCUUGUCCGUGUCUGAUAGUAAAUUAGUUUAAAUUGUAUAUAAAUAUAAAUAAAUAAAAAAAAAUUGAC